AUGCGUAACUACAAUUGCGACCAAAACUUCAAGGAGGGGGAUUUGGUGUGGUGUAAGAACACAUCACCCAAAUAUGAUCAAAUCAAUAUGAUGUACAAUUUAUGUCGUGUAAUUGACAUAAAAAGUGAUAACCAAGUAUUAUUGUCUAAAUAUAAUGAUUAUAGUGAUUAUGUAUUUCUUGCUGAUCCUAAAAAUUUAAGUAAAGCAAAUUAUUUAUUUUCAUUAGAUCAAAAUGAUAUGAUGAAAUUAAGAUAUAUUAAUGAACCAUCAGUAUUGUAUCAUUUAAAAGAAAGAUUUAAGAACAAUAAAUUCUAUACAAAAAUGGGACCAUUAUUAAUUUUUAUUAAUCCUAAAAUCAACACUAAUAUUAACAAUGAAGAAAUAAUUGAAAAAUAUAAAUGUAUAGAUUGUGUAGAAGAUUUAAGUUUAAAUGAAUACCAUGUUGUGCAUAAUGCCCUAAAAAAUUUAAAUGAAUUAAAAAGAAAUCAGUCUAUUAUUAUAUCCGGAGAAUCUGGGUCAGGUAAAUCUGAAAUAGCUAAAAACAUCAUAAAUUUUAUUGCUUACCAAGUAAAGGGUAGUCGACGACUUCCAACCAUGCUCCCUAUGGUAAACAAAAAUGAAAUAACAGAAGACAAUGAAUCUGAAACUUAUGAGGGCAGUAUAAACAAUCAAGAAGAGAAUAAUCUUAACGAAGAAAAUACAAAAUAUAAAUUUAACAUGUCUGAAAUGCUCAAGCAUGUAAACGUAGUGAUGGAAGCAUUUGGAAAUGCCAUCACUGUAAAUAACAAAAAUUCAAGUCGAUUUUCUAGAUUUUGUACAAUUCAUCUAGAAAAUGAAGAAAUAAAAUCAUUUCAUAUAAAGAAAUUUUUAUUAGACAAAGAAAGAUUAAUAAAUAGAAAGGCAAAUGAGAAUUCAUUUAAUGUAUUUUAUUACAUGAUAAAUGGAUCAAGUGAUAAAUUUAAAAAAAUGUAUUUUUUAAAAAAUAUAGAAAAUUAUUCUAUGUUAAAUAAUGAAAAAGGUUUUGAAAAGUUUACUGAUUAUUCAGGAAAAAUUUUAGAAUUAUUAAAAUCAUUGAAUUAUAUAUUUGAUGAUGACAAAGAAAUUGAUUUUAUUUUCUCAGUACUCUCUGCAUUAUUAUUAUUAGGAAAUACAGAAAUUGUAAAAGCAUUUCAUAAAAAGUCAUUACUUAUGAAAAGAAAUAUAUUUGGACAAAAUAUAAAUUAUGAAACCAUAUUAAGCGAAUUAGAAAAUCCAGAAGAUGUUGGUUUAGAUGAAAAUGUAAAAAAUUUAUUAUUAGCGUGUAAUUUAUUAAGUUUUGAUAUAGAAACCUUUGUAAAAUACUUUACAACUAAUUAUAUAUUUAAUGAUUCUAUACUUAUAAAAGUGCAUAAUGAAACAAAAAUUCAAAAAAAAUUAGAAAAUUUUAUAAAAACAUGUUACGAAGAAUUAUUUAAUUGGAUUGUAUAUAAAAUAAACGACAAAUGUACACAAUUACAAAAUAUAAAUGAAAAUACCAAUUACAUAAAUAUAUUAGACAUGGCAUAUUUUGAAAAUUCGAAAUAUAACUCAUUAGACCAAUUAUUAAUUAAUACGACAAAUGAAGAACUAAUUAAAAUUAAAAACAAUUGCAUCUACAAAAAAGUAAUCCUUUCAUAUAAUGAGGAUGGGAUAUGUUAUGAAUACGAUAUCCAAAAUAUAGACAAUGAACCUUUAUGCAAUUUAUUAGUUGGUUCGACAGAAGAAUGCUUAUUCUCAUUUUUAGAAAAUGCUUCCACAAAAACAAUAUUUGACAAAAGUAGCUUGCACACAUCUAUAAUACGCAAAUUUGGCCAUAAUUCAAAAUAUGUUAAGAAAGAUGAUGUAGCUGGAAAUAAAAAAACAUUUGUCAUCACGCACUCUUGUGGAGAUAUAACAUACAAUGUAGAAAAUUUUGUUGAAAAAAAUAUAGACAUAUUAACAAACCGUUUUAUUGAUAUGGUUAAACAAUCAAAAAAUGAAUAUAUGCGACAAUUUUGCAUGUUUUAUAAUUAUGACAAUUCAGGAAAUAUUGUAGAAGAAAAAAGAAGAUAUAGUUUACAAUUUGCUCUUAAAUUAUUCAAAAGACGAUAUGAUACCAAAAACCAAAUGGCUGUUAGUUUGCUAAGAAAUAAUUUAACAGAAUUAGAAAAACUUCAAGAUGCCACGUUUUGCCAUUUUAUUCUUUGUAUGAAACCUAAUGAAAGUAAAAGAGAAUUGUAUUCAUUUGAUGCCAACAUAGUAUUGAGACAAGUUAGAAAUUUUAGCAUUGUUGAAGCUUCACAAUUAAAGGUCGGAUAUUAUCCUCACAAAUUCACCUUAACCGAGUUCCUCUCAAUUUUUGACAAAAAAACAAAAAAAAUUGAUGAAGAGAGCGCGGAUGUGAAAAAUGAAAAUGAGGAAGAGAAUGUUGAGCAAGAUGAGGAUAUAAAAGAGAAAAUUGAACAAGAUGAAAAUGUAGAAGAGCAAGCUGAACAAGAUGAAAGUGCUGAAGAGAAAGAUGAACAAGAUGAAAAUGUAGAAGAGCAAGCUGAACAAGAUGAAAGUGCUGAAGAGAAAGAUGAACAAGAUGAAAAUGCAGAAGAGCAAGCUGAACAAGAUGAAAAUGUAGAAGAACAAUCCAAUGAAUGUCUCAAAGAAAAAAUUGAAUCUCUAAUCAAAUCAUAUCAAAUAAGCAGUCAUGAAUGGGUAAUGGGAAAUAAUAUGGUUUUCAUAAGCAAUCAUUGCUUAGUAUUAUUAAUUAUUAAUGUCUUUCCUAAAUAUGAAUAUUUUAAUAUUUCUUAUGAACAACAUAUCGAACAUAUGAGAAAAUCAGCUUUGAACAAUUUAAAUGAUGCAUCUAAUUUAGAAUGCGUAAAGUUUGAUGAAACAUAUAACGAACAAGAAAUUAAUAUAGAAAAUAAUGAUAAACCAUGCUCUGAAGAAAUUUUAAAAGACAAUACUUCGUCAAAUAAUGAAGUCACACCGAAAAAAGGAAGUAAAAAUAGGCUUAGCCAAUUGUAUCAAUUUUUUGGUUUCAAAAAAUCCAGCAAAUCUGAUGAUAAAAAAGGUUCUAUUAAAAUAAUGACUGAGGAACGAUUAGUUUUGAAAGAAGAUGAAAAUGCCAUCAUUCCCAUUGACGAUAAAUGCGAUGAAAAUAAAGAUAAAAGUUCUAGUAAAAAUAGAUUUGAAAUAUUAAGUAUUGUAAAUAAAAACAGAAUCAAGAUAAAUGAAUCCAUAAAGCAAUUCUUUACUCUUUAUAAUUGUUAUAAACCAUAUUCUAUUUAUACGAAAGGAUGUGGUAAUUUAUGCUACGCCAGCUUUGUCAGGAAGCUAACCAUGGGAAGUGAAAUUUUCCAGGAUCUAGAAAUAGAAAAAUACCAAGCCAUUCAAGAUCUCUUUGGCGAAAAAACUAAUGAACGAGAAGAUGCAGCUAGCGAAGCAGCUGAAUCGGUUAAAGAACUUGAAGCAGUUAAAGAAGCUGAAUUACUUGAAGCAGUUAAAGAAGCUGAAAUAGUUGAAGCAGUUAAAGAACUUGAAGUUACAGAGGAAGCCUCUGAUGGCCCCGUCGAGGGAAUUGAAAUAGAGAACGCGGAAACAAUUGGAGAGGAUGUUGCUGAGGAUAUUGAACCCAUGAAUGAAGAGCCUAAUAAAAACAAAAACAAUAACGGAAAAAAUAAAAAAAAAAAACGAAGAAGAAGAAAAAGAAAAAGCACUUCAACUAUGAAGAGCGAAUCGAUAGGCCAAAAGGAAGAACUUUCUGUAGGGAAUAUAUCAAAUGAAACUGAAGACAAAGAAGUUCCCGUAGAAAAUGCAGUAAAAGAAACCGAAGAAGCAGAUGAAAAGGAUGAUGUUUCCGUAAAAGAAGCAGAGCCUGUAGUAGAGGAAGAAAAUACAGUAGAAGUAGAAAUAGAAAAUGAAGUAGAAGUAGAGGAAGAAAAUGAAGUAGAAGUAGAAGAAAAUAAAGUAGAAGUAGAGGAAGAAAAUGAAGUAGAAGUAGAGGAAGAAAACACAGUAGAAGUAGAAGAAAAUAAAGUAGAAGUAGAGGAAGAAAAUGAAGUAGAAGUAGAAGAAAAUAAAGUAGAAGUAGAGGAAGAAAAUGAAGUAGAAGUAGAAGAAAAUAAAGUAGAAGUAGAGGAAGAAAACACAGUAGAAGUAGAAGAAAAUAAAGUAGAAGUAGAGGAAGAAAAUGAAGUAGAAGUAGAGGAAGAAAACACAGUAGAAGUAGAAGAAAAUAAAGUAGAAGUAAAGGAAGAAAAUGAAGUAGAAGAAGAUGUAGUAGAAGAAGAAGAUGUAGUAGAAGUAGAAUUUGCAGUAGAAGAAGAAGAUGUAGUAGAGGAAGAAAAUGUAAUAGAAGAAGAAAAUGUAGUAGAGGAAGAAAAUGUAGUAGAAGAAAAUGUAAUAGAAGAAGAAAAUAUAAUAGAAGAAGAAAAUAUAAUAGAAGAAGAAGAUGUAGUAGAGGAAGAAAAUGUAGUAGAAGACAAAAAUGAAAUAGAUGUAGAAUCCGUAGAAGAAGAAAACGUAGUAGAAGUAGAAUCUGCAGUAGAAGAAGAAAACGUAGUAGAAGUAGAAUCAGUAGUAGACGAAGAAAAACAAACCGUUGCAGUAGAGGACGUAACCGAUGAAAUCAAAGAAGAUGGCGGUGAAAUAAGCAUGGAACAGGAUGUAAUGAUGGAUGUAGAAGAAGUUGGAACACAGGAGAACAUAAACGAAAUAGAAGUAAACGAGAAUGAAGAAAUUUUAUUCGAUGAAAAUGAAAAUUUAUAUGGCAUAAAUUGUGAAAUAAAUGAAAUAGAUGAAACGGAAGAAUCUAUUGAAAAAGAAAACAUGAAUGAAAAUAAUUGUGAUGAUGAUGAAAAUUAUAAAGAGACACAACAAGAUAUAAAUAACAUAUUAAAUGAUGAAACUAAAGCUUCUUCUGGUGACGAAAGUCGUAGAAACAGUGCAGCAAACUACCUUAAAAUGUUAUUGUCAAUAGAAAAGGAAGAUUUUAAUAACAUUAUAAAUUUUAAUAAUUAUGAAAAGGGACAAUUCAAACAAAUUAUAUCUUGUUAUACUCAUUUAGAUAAUAUAAGCCUUGAAGAAUGUUUUAAGAAUGUAGAUUUAACUAAUUACAAAGAUCAACUAGACGAGUUAAAUAGUUAUGGACCAGAAGUUACGGAUUAUACAAAUAAAAAUAUGCUAUUAAAUAAUUUAAAUGAUUUAUUUGUAUAUAAAUCUAAAGAAAAGGAAAAUUUUAUGACAAAAUUAAAAAAUAUGACUACAGUUAUGGAAAAUGUUCAUGGAAAAAAAUGGAACAUAUUAAUGACUGGAUCCGAUUACCAUUUUAAAUCAUAUUUAUAUAAUGAGGAUAAAAUUAUUUAUAUUAACAACAAUAACGAUUUUAAUGAAAAAAUAAUUUAUAACUAUGAAGAGGAUGAACAUGACAACAAAGUUAAGAAUAAUGGCAUCAAUGGAAAGGAGGAAAAGAAGAAACAUAGUUUGAAUUGCGCACUGAUAGUUGAGUAUUUGUCUUUAUCAGGUGCAAAUAAAAAUGUACAUGAAAUAUGUAUAUCUAAUAAUGCAGAUAAAAAAUAUUUUGAUAAUAAAUAUGAAAUAUUAUGUUUUAGAUCCAAAACUGUUAGUAAAUUAGAAUAUAUGAAUGCUAAAUCAUUUUAUACAUCUAUUAAUUACAAAAAAGUAAAGACAAGAUGUUUGACACAUGCACAUAUAGAUUUCACAUAUAUGGAUGAUCAAAUGAAAAAUAAUUUUAAACAACAUGUUAUCAAUGAAUUUAUAAAUAAUCAAAAUAUAACUAUGGAUGAUUUAUCAGACAGUUUACUAAAAUUAGCUACUUAUUUCUAUCCUAGCAAUAAAGGUACAUGGUGUGUAUUCAUAUCAAAAAGACGAUCAUUUACUGGAUCUAUUCAUAUUGUUAAAAAUAGAUAUUUAAGAAUGACUGUUAAAAAUAAAAACAGAAAAUAUAACAUUGUCAUAUUCGAGACCCCUGUAUGA